CCGCAGCCUCUGCCGAGGGUCAGUCAGAGCCGCGACGACAUGCUGGCGACCACGAGCUCAUGCGUGAGGCGGCUGGCCGCGGGCGCAGCGGCGGCGGGCCAGCGCUCCAUGUCCUCCGGCCUGCAGCGCAAGACGCACCAGCAGCAGCACCAGGCGCGCCGGCUGCGCUACAGCAACUGGCUGGCCAGCUCGGCGCUGGGGCGGCGCGUGGCGCCGGCCGCGCUGGACACGGCGGCCAGCAAGGAGGACGUGCUCGAGUUCAACAGGGUCUUCCCAGACGUCGUCAGGGACCUCACCGAGACCGGCCGGCACCUCGACGCGCCCUCCGCCACCAAGCGCUUCGCCAAGGUGCUGCAGUACAACAUGACGGGCGGCAAGAAGAACCGCGGACUGGCCGUCGUGCUGUCCUACCGGCUGCUGGCGCGCCACGAGGAGCUGGCGUCCCGGAACACCGAGCUGGCGCACAUCAUGGGCUGGGCCCUCGAGAUGCUGCACACGUCGCUGCUGAUGACGCAGGACACGCUGGACGAGGCGAAGACGCGGCGCGGCAAGCCCUGCUGGUACCUGCUGCCCGAGUUCGACACGACGCCGCAGACGGCCUGCAACGACGCCACGCUGCUGCAGACGGGCCUCUUCCAGCUGCUCGCCACGCACUUCCGCAACCAGCCCUACUACCUCGACGUCGUAGACCUCUUCCACGACGUGAGCCACAAGGCGGUGAUCGGCCAGCUGCUGGACAUCGAGACGCGGAGGGACCGGUCGCUCAAGCUGUUCACCAUGGACCGCUACUACCUCAUCACCAAGUACAAGACUGCCUACCACACCUUCCAGAUGCCCGUCUCACUGGCGCUCUACAUGGCUGGCAUCCAGGACCCGGAGAUCCACAGGCAGGCAAAGACAAUCCUGAUGGAGAUGGGAAAAUUCUACCAGGUCAUGGACGACUUCCUGGACUGCUACGGCGACCCCGCGCUGGUGGGCCCCGGCACGGACAUUCAGGACGGCAAGUGCACCUGGCUGGCAGUCGUCGCCCUGCAGAGGGCGUCCGACCAGCAGCGCCGCUUCAUGCAGGAGUGCUACGGCAGUAAGGAGCCGGAGAAGGUGGAGGCGGUGCGGCAGCUGUACGACGAGCUGGGCCUGCCCGCCACCUACAAGAGCUACGAGGAGCAGAGCUACGAGCUGCUCUGCACCCAGAUACAGCAGAUCUCGCGCGGCCUGCCGCACAAGCUCUUCUUCAAGUUCCUCGAGAAGAUCUACGUCAAGGACCCCUGAAGCCGUCUCGUCCACCACUGUCUGCUGUGAUCGUACAGUGCCCAUUGAGACCCCUAGAUCAAUAGCGGAGUUAAAUUUUCAACGGUGCAGGGCGUGUGUGAUGGAAAGACACGAUACUAGAGAAGAACUGCUUAGUUCUCUAGCGAGUUUCCUAAAUGGUUUUCUCAUUAUUAAGACAUAAAAACUUGUAAUUGAACCUCUCACAUGGUUUGCGGCAGUCACCUACUUUAGACGGUACGUAGAAUCUCUAAUUUUGGUCCCCAUUUUCUAACUUACGUGUCUGGUCGGCAAUAGGUUGUGGCUUUUGGUAUAGUGACAGACACGUUUGAAGAUCGGCGGGGAAAAUGACAGAAAACUGACAACAGGAGUGGUAGGCUUUGAAAAUAAAAGUUUGUGCAUCAUACAAAUUUCGUAGUGUUGUUCUUUCACCUCGUUUGCCGAAGUCGUCGUUCGAUUACCAAUGCAUAAAAUUUAUGACUUUCACACUUCCUGAAAAUUUAUCCUGCGAAUGAACAGUCUGUGUCGCAUGAGUCUAUGGGUCAGUCUCACCUGGAUACGUAAUGCGCAUAUCCAGCUUCAGAAUGGCCACAAAUAAAAGUUACUUUUCUCGAUAUUGCCAGUUGCCUUAAUUACUGAAUAUAAUAUCUUCUUCUGUCUUAUAAAGAAUUAUGCAAUACUAUAUACUCAAGUGUUAAUAAUAAUGUCUUUAUCAUUUCAUUUCUUCGACAUAAGUAAUAUGUAAAUACUGUCAACAGUGUUUUUGUAUAUACGUAUAAUGUUUAUUGUUAAUAAAUUGGACAAUUACUAUGUA